AUGAAUGUUACUGAUAGAGGUUAUUAUACUACCACAUAUCUAGAUAAUGUCAAUAAUAGGAGGAAACCGAGGCUGAAAAACACAUCAUCUCAAGCUACACCUUUAGCACCCCCACCUAAUAUCAUAAGUCCUCCCAGUAAAUUCCCAUCCCAGCUGGUAGAUCAAGUAUCAGCAUUUAAAUUUUUUGGUCCUGAAUCUCCAACUUCGACACAAUUCUCCCCCCUGUCGGGAUAUUCUGAUGAUAAUGAUAAGAUUGUAUAUGAUCCAGAUGAAUUACAGGAAGGUAUUACUCCAGCACAAUUGAAUCUUCUUCAAAAAGUUCAAAGGAGGAAACGAAGAGAGACUUAUGAUUCCUAUCAUUCAAGAAAUAUGAGUUUCGAUGAUUACGAUUCGUAUUAUGAAGAUAAUAAUCAUGGUCCUGUAAGAAUUCCUCGUGAAUCAAGUAGAUUGAAACCUACACCAAAAUUCAAAUCAACUCCUAAAGGAUUUCAUGGUUAUUAUAUUAACCAAAAGAAACGAUAUGACGAUGCAGAAUUCUAUAAACCAACUAAUUAUACACAUAAAACAUUCCGAGAUGUAUUUCAAGAUAAAGACGAUACUUCAGGUAAAUAUAAUCCUAUAGAGAUGGUUUUCGAUGAUCCUGAGAAGAUUAAAGAACAAGAAGAAAAUCAAAAGUUAAAGAAAGCUUUUAAGACUAUUCAGAUCAAAUUAGGGAAAGAUGAUUAUGACAAUUAUGAUUAUUAUAGUGCACCUAAGAACAAUGUAGCUAACGAGAUUUUUGUUACUGGGGAAAGUGAUGAUGAUUCAGACUAUGGGCAUGUAGAUACUCCUCAAGACAUUGAUGUGUAUGAUGGAGAUAAAACGAAGAAGAAAAAGAAAUUCAAGAAAUUGUGGAAAAGUAAAACUAAGCAAAUCAAGAAAGAAUUAGGUAAAGACUAUUUCAAUAAUUUGGAGAAGCAAUGGGAACUUGAGGCAGAAGAAAAGAAAAGGAAAGAAAAGGAAAAAGAAAAGAAACAAGUAGAGGAGAUAGUGGAAUCUGAGGAUGAAGAUGAAGUUGAACAUGAACAUGGGGAUGAACAUACACCUGGUGACAAAACUGGUAAUAAACAAUUUUAUGCCGGACCAAAACCUGAAUUUCAUCCCGCUUGGAACUAUCUAUUAUCUUGGUUAGCUUACGAACAAGCUGCUGCUCCUGAACAAUCAAACGAAGAGAUAAUGGCAAAGCCUAAAAAAGAGAAACCAAAAUCUGAGAAGGCUCUUACAAUUGUUCCUGAAGUAAAGUCCAUUGUCCCAAAACAACAACAAGCCAAAUCACUGAAGCCCCCUGCAAAGAAAAACAGAAUCAAAGUCUCCACACAACAAUUAAAGAACUUCAAUAAGAAUGUUAGUAAAAUGGCUAAGAUGUGGAACUUACCUGCUUCAAAUUUGUUCAGCGCAGAACCACAAAAUUCUCCUCAAUUAUCCAGAAGAACUAUCGGUAGAGGUUCAGGACAUACCAUUGAUGAACCAUUACCUCAAUCGUUAUUUGAUUUCCCUAUGGAUGGAGAUUCACAAGAAUUUAUUGUGGAAAUAGAUUCUGAUGAAGACCUUGAAGGAGUUGACGAAGAAUUAUAUUUAAACCCCAAUACCGGUCAACUAGAACCUGUGCCCCCAACAUCUUAUUCAUCAAUGGACCCUCAAAUGACUAAAGCUAAUUUCUUACAAGUCAAUAAACCACAAACUAAAGGUAAUCUUUAUAUCGAUACGUCAAAUGGGGCUCAUUCAAUCAUAUCCAAUAUCAAUCAACUCAUAAAAUCCAUAAAGAUAAUGAAAAUUAUUUUUGCACCCAUUGAUAUAAUCUCUGAAUCAUUCCCCAACCUUCAGACUGUCGUUAUAAUGAUUGAACUUUGUAUAUUCAUGUGGUUACUUUACGAAUUAAGUCUUUUGAUAGAUGCUUUAUGUAUGAUGGUCAAAGCUGUUUGUGCCCCUAUGAUUGCAAUGGGAAGGUUCAUGAAUAGAAUUAUGUAG